AUGCUUAAAGCAAAUACUUUAAAAGUUGCGGUCCGCGUGAGGCCCUUCAAUCAGAGAGAAAAGGCAACAAGAAGAAAAUGCAUCAUCUCUAUGAUUGGCAACAGAACUACCAUUGUCAAUCCCAAAGAUCUCAGCAGCAAAAGAACGUUUAACUUUGACUAUUGCUAUUGGUCGAUGGAUGGAUACAUUGAAGAUGACCAGGGUGUGUUUCUGCCUGAUGGGCCCCACAGCAGAUAUGUCGAUCAGGAAAGAAUCUUUAAUGACCUUGGGAGAGCGGUGCUGGAGAAGGCCUGGCAGGGGUACAAUGCAACUCUUUUUUCCUAUGGACAGACCGGAUCAGGGAAGAGCCACUCCAUGACAGGAUUUGGAAGAAACAGGGGUCUUGUUCCCAUGAUUUGUGAAGAACUCUUCAAGGAGAUUAAGUUGCAUCAAAAGAAUGACAGAGAGUUUUACGUUUAUUUUAGCAUGUUUGAGAUCUACAAUGAACAGGUUAAGGACCUCCUGUCAAAGAUUCGAAACCCUGUUGGUCUGCGGAUCCGGGAAGGCAAAAAUGGAUUUUACGUUGAGAGCCUUAAGUCAGUACUUUGUAGCAGCUUUGGUCAACUUGAGGCUUUCCUGAAACAAGGAAUCCGGAACAGAAGUGUUGCUUCAACUAAUUGGAACACUAGUAGCAGCAGAUCCCACAUGGUUAUCAGAAUCUACUUUCAGCAGGUGUUCGCAGACCAGCAUAGUAUGAAGCAUUCGGAAAUUGACCUGGUGGAUUUGGCUGGCAGUGAAAGGCAGCAAAGUGCAGGAGUCACUUCUGACAGAUUCAAUGAAGCACGAGCAAUCAAUCUCAGUCUAACAACACUUGGAAAUGUUAUUAGUUCCUUAUCGGACAAGGCUCUGGGCAAGAGAGUUCAGUACAUUCCCUAUCGGAACUCGGUGCUUACCAGAUUACUCAGCUCGGCCCUGGGAGGGAACAGCAAGAUGUUUAUGAUUGCUACAAUAAGCCCCACAGAUAUCUGUUAUGAUGAAACAAUGUCAACAUUACGGUUUGCAGAAAGAGCUAAGAGUAUCCAGAACACAGCAGUGAUUAAUGAACGCCUAACUGAACAACUUUUUGUGGAUCUGAAAGCAGAUAAUACUAGAUUGCAAGCAAGAAUUAUUGAUCUGGAGAAGGCUGGUGAUAGCUACAAUGAUGAGCGAGAAAUGCUUAAACAACGAAUUUUAGAAAAUGAGCAACAAGUGAAAGGAAUACAGAAAUCAUGGCAACAGAAGCUAGAAGAGGCAAGGAAGGAAUGGGAACAGCAAUAUAGCAUUAUUACAAAGGAGGAGAUGAUGAUGGCAGCAUUUCCAUAUUUGUUGAACAUUAAUGAAGAUCCCCAAUUGUCCAGGGUGAUUCGACACUUUAUUCAUAACGGCACAUCUGCAAUAGGACGCACUGUUAAUUCAGAGCAUGACAUUGUCUUGAGAGGACCUGGGAUUCUGGACAAGCAUGCAGUGAUAACAGUUUGUGAGCACCAAGUGAUAAUUGAGCCUAUAAACCAGGCUAGGGUUAGAGUCAAUGGAGGAAUCCUUUUCAAUAAACAUCAGCUGAAACAUCUGGACAGAAUUAUAAUUGGAUCCAGUUCUUUCUUCCUAUAUGUGGGCUUUCCACAUGAACAAAGUGAUAGGGAUAAAAUACAUAAAUACAAUUAUGAAUUUUUUACUUCUGAACUGGUGUCUACUGAAGGCUUCAGCCAGGUGAAAUUGGAUGGGAAACAAGAAGAAAUUAUGAAUCCUAACUUGACUCAUAUCUUUCAUGAUUUCAUUGCUAUCAUGCCUGUGGUAGCCCAAGUGAACCAAAUAAGUGAAGAACUUAACAAGCCUGUUACCUUUGAACUUCAGGUGAAGAAUUUGACAUCAACAGAUGCAAAGGGCGAAGAGUUAGAAAAAGAAAUUACAAUAAAGGUGACAAACAAACUAAACAAGCAGGUGGUCAUAUGGACACAGGACAAAUUCACUGAUCGAAAGCUUCUAAUUGAAGACAUUUACCAGAAUUUUCUAGAGAAUGGAACAGUACACAACAAGAUGGAACAAGAUCCAUUUUGGGAUCCUGUUGAGACCUUGCAUCUUGGGAGAGCCCAUGUGUGGUUGGAGACGUUGGCAUAUUGCAUAACCCAUGACGACCAAGUGGAUGUCAAUAAUCAUCAUGGAAAAGAAGAAGCAGUUUUACAGGUCAGACUGCUUCCCUGCACGCCAAGCGGAGAUCCACUGGGAGAGGAAACUGUCGUCAUGAAUCCGGAUAAUCUGCUGGGAAAACGCAUGGACUUUCAAGUGGAGAUUAGUCAGUGUUUAGGAGUGAAAUGGAUCCGAGAAAACAGCAACAGAGGAGUUCAAGUAGGAUUUAUAAUGUACGGCCUCCCUACAACAUUCUAUACCCCUGCUGUCUGGAAUAAUACUAAUCCCCUCCUGGAUUACUCAAUGCAUUUCACAAUUCAACAUGUUACACCAGAUUUCCUCAACUAUCUGAAGGCACAUGCAGUGGUCCUGGAGCUGUGGGGUCUGCAAGAUGGAGUUCCAGUGAAAUUCACUGAUGAUCAAUCCCGUCAAAGGUCACCAUUUCCCAGUGCGGAUGCAGCGUUUGCAAAAGCACUCAAGACCUUUUACUUCAGCAUGAUUGGAGUGAGAGGACGACUGAUCCGCUUGAAACAACUCAGGCCACUAGAUGAGGAGCAUAUUCACUGCUUGAGGUAUUUUGUGAAUGAACGGAGUGAAAUGAUUCAAAUGCUUGGAGAAGAAUUGGAAGGCAGUGUUGGGAAACUGAAAAAUGACGUUGCAAAAAUCAUCAGAAAAAAGAAAGAACUUCAGAUGGAUUCAACAGCAAUGGCCCAAGCUGAAUAA